CCGAGGCAUUUUUUGGUGCCAUUUCAAAAGCAAUGAGAAUCUAUCGCCUAUAGGUGGUGCUUCCAGGCUGAUCCAGCUUACGUGAAGCCUGGCAAUCUGGGCUUUGGAGUGCAGAAGGCGGAAGUCGAAUGAUAAGCAUGCUGCGAUUAGAGCUGGUAGGGCUGGUACUGCUGACGUGCAACCAGAUUCUCACCGAACACCGUGACUUUUAUGGGUUGCGUAAUCAAUACGGAUCGAAUCAUCGUUCAUCGGGCAACUAUGCUGGCGCCAAGACUCGCGAGAUACACACCACCUGCGGCCGACUCAAAGGCACCGUCGUGCAGCCUUACACCGACAGCCCGCUCGUCGACGUUUUUCUCGGAGUGCCGUACGCUGAUCCGCCGACGAGCAACUUACGCUUCGAGCCGCCGAGAUCGCCGUCGCCAAAAUCGUGGGCCGGCGUGAGGCACUGCACGAGCUUCCAACCGGUCUGCCCGCAACUGCUACCCGACAUCGAGGAGGAAGUGGAGGGCGCGCGUCGCCGAUAUCUCGAGAAACUCAUGAUUUACCUGGACAAGCAGAACGAGGACUGCCUCUAUCUGAACAUCUACGCGCCGCAUCAGAACGCCAGCCAGAGGAACAGCUUGGAAAGGUAUCCGGUGAUAGUGUUCAUCCACGGUGAGAGCUACGAGUGGAACAGCGGCAAUCCGUACGAUGGCAGCGUUUUAGCGGCUUACGGCAACGUCGUUUUCGUCAGCCUCAACUUUCGCCUCGGGAUUUUAGGCUUCCUGAGGCCUGGAACCAAAGACAAUACCCCCAGCAAUUUCGGACUAUGGGACCAGAUAGCUGCACUCGACUGGCUCAAACAAAACAUCGGACAUUUUGGUGGUGACCCAGAAAGGAUCACUCUUUUAGGUCACGGCACUGGCGCUGUAUUUGCUCACUUGCUCAUGCUUUUUCCUAAAGUCACUGACGAUUAUGCGAAACGUGCAAUACUGAUGUCAGGUUCAGCACUGAACCCUGACGCAAUCGGCAAAGCUCCAUUACAGAUCACAAAGCAGGUGGCGCACGCGCUGAACUGCAACCAGUCGAGCGAGGAGGCAUUGUCGGUGUGCUUGAAAAAUGCCCGUCUGCAGGACCUGCUGGCGGUGAAGAUCGACAAACCGAAAUAUGUGCCGGCGUUCGCGCCGCUCGUCGGCUCGUCCAUAAUAAGCGACAAGCCGAGCAACCUCAUGAAGAGUGGCGAGCGUCUGAGCAAAUUCGGCCUGCUGUACGGCGUGACAGAAUUGGAGAAAUUCCACUUGCUGCCGGGCGUGGCGCUGCUCCAGGGAAUGUCCGACAGCGAGAGAGACGAUUUCAUCCGCGAUAGCAUCAAGGCUACCCACGAGCUGGACUCGGACGUAAUUCUCAACCGAGUGCUGCAGCACUACGAGGCGAGUUACGACCUACGCGAGCGCAAUCGCGACAUUGCUCUCGAAGUCGUGUCGGACAGCGGUGUCGUCGCGCCAAUGCUCGCUACCGCCAAUCUGCACUCGCGAGUCAACAAUCAGAGCUACAUGUACGUGUUUACGCAUCCGCGAAGAAUCAGGGAGAAAAGCGAGCCUGAGCUCGACGAGCAUAUUCGACGCACGGUGUACGGCGAGGAGCUGCCUUACGUACUGGGAGUGCCACUCGGCGGCGAGGGACAUCACCUCAGCGGCCCCUACGACAGGGCCGAGGUUCUUCUCUCCAAGGCGAUGAUGGACUGGUGGUGCAAUUUCGCUUACUCCGGAGAUCCAAACAAGGUGCGUCCAGCUCCACGACAACGUAACUUCCACCGCCAGCAUCACCUGAGAGACGAGAGCUCACCCUACAGCAUGCACUGGCCGCGUUACGACCCCGUCGACCAGACAUACUUUAAUCUUAUGACGCCGCCGCAGAUUGGCCAGCGCUAUCGGACCGAGGAAAUGGAGUUUUGGAACAUAGCGAUCCCGGACCUGCUGCGCCGACCCAGGGAGCCAGAUUCCGUGCCACCGACGUCGCAGCCGCUACCGCACCAGAUAACGCAAGCGUCUACCUCGUCCUUCCAGUGGCACCUCUACAACCAGACCAUUUCAAGGCCAUCCAACGUAGUUAGCCCGACGCCCUCGUUGUCGCCCGAAGACAAACGCCCCGAUAAGGACAAGCGCAAAUCCGACGAGACGAACAACGGCAACUCCGGGGGCACCGGCGACAGCGGCGGCGGCGGCGGCGGCGUUCGGUCGGCUGUCUCGCUGGUAGUCGGCUUCGGCGUGGUCUUUCUGCUAAUUAACACGACGGUCCUCGUCUACCUGUACCGCAAACGUGCGAAAAUGCGCAAGAAAGCCGCCGCCGCAAUAGCUCGACCGGCCAAACCCAGCGGCGAGUCUUGCCGAGAGCUGGGCUACUGCAGCGCCAGCAAGCCGGACAUCCGGGACCUCAUCAAGAGCGACAAGGCGUACGAUAACAAUUCCAACUUUGGCAGACGCUCCAGGGAGAAUUCUAUCUCGACUAUCGACACGAGGAUCAAGGUCAGGGAGUGGAUUCAACAGGAGAUCGUUCACAGAUGCUCGCCCCGUUUUCUUCGCAAGACAAGGGAAACUCUGCAGCGCGAACAUCGUGAGAAGCUCAUGAAGCAGCAGCUGCGACGAUUAGAGACAUGUCACUCCGAUGAGGAGAGACGGCUGCGCCUCGAGGAGUCGAUGUACGAGGAAAGUCAACAGAUUAGAGUGAGGCCUGGCGUCAAGCGGCAUCCUGCUAAUAAAGUCUCCGUGGCCGUGGAUGCGACGCCUGCGACGCGAACCAACUCGGUGCUCAAUCAAAUACCCGUGGAGCUGACCAGGACUGCCGGGCCGUCCACCGAGUAUCUCGAUGCCUUCGAGGAUACCGCCGCUGCGCUUGGCCUCUCCGAGUACUGCGAGCCCAUCGAAUUCCAACCCGACGACGUGCAUAAGGAUGAAACCCGUGGCGGGCCGAACAUCGUCGUUAUCGAGCAUCAUCAUUCCAGAAGCGAUCCGAGCCCGAUGGGCAAAUUCGCGACUUACGGCACGGGCACGGGCGUUUCGCCGCCACCGCCACGUAACAACGAGUCCGACUCCGGCAGCACGAGCAGUCUUUACGCGAAAAUCAAUCCGAAGAAGAAGUCUCGGCUGCCGGCCAGUCACCACAUCCAGCGCGGCCAAAUCCAGCGGGAGAUACUGCACGAGCAAGAGCCAACCAGCGAGCACGAUCUACCGGCAAACGAGCUUAAUCCUCCGCCAGGCGAGCCGUUCGCGUCGGCAACGCUGCCUCGGCGGAUGCUCACCUUCGGCUCGCCGGCAGCGCUCGCGCCGCUACAGCCGCCAGCAGCCUGCCUCGACGUCAAUGUCACGAGUCGGGACUCGAACGCCGAGACGACCACCUCGGACGCGAGCACUAGCCACGAAGAGGCGCUGCGCACAAUCAGGCGCAGGAACUAUCCGAAGGUUCUGCCGGACAUUGAGAAGCGCCGCUCUCUGCCUCCCAAUGCGGCGUUCGCCAUUGGCCGCAGCCAGUCGACGGUACUUCGGCAUCCACAGCCACCCUCACCGCCACCGCGGAUGUGUGGCACCUCGCGGAGUUUGGAUUGCGUUGAGGACAAAGACGAGGACGAGGAGAACAACGACGGUGACAAUAACCUACUUCCGGUGAAGACGAAUCUUCACGUGGGUCCACUCAGGAAGAAGAUUGACUCAUCGAAGAAUCAGUCGGUGCCGAGUCUCGUUGACACUACGGACAACACUAUAAAGUUAGUCAGUUCCUCGAGCCUUUCGAUGUGUCCAAUUCAUGGGGCCUUCAGGCAAGUGAUAGUACCCAUCGAAAAGAAUGAGUCUAGGAUACCUGUUUCACCGAGAGCCAAAGUCAAAUUGGAGCAUCAGGUCAAAAGAGAGGACCCAAUUCCUCGAGGAGUAGACCAGCCGGACUACCCAACGCGACUGAUUCCGGAACGAGCGACUAAGCUGCCCCGCAUCAUCAUAAAGCCGACGACCACGGGCACUUUGCCUCGAGCUCGGCCAACAGCGGCAACGCCGACCAGCAACCUGCACGACAACGAGACCUACCAGCGACUGCUAGCUCGCCGAGAGAAAAUGCUAUUACCAGGGGAAUUAUUGCCACCGACUAGGAUUCCAAUGCUCCGCGCGGAAGUCGUGCAAAGGGUCAACGUACCUGACGACGCUGUUGUCGCUGCCGUCACCAAGCUUUAAGUCAAACUCAAAGUCAAAACAGAUUGACUGCAAAGUCAGAAGGCUCCGUUUGUCCCGCGCAAACACGCGUUUCGUUGUACGCGAUACUCGUCGUGGGACAGACUAACUUUUCAAUUUAAUAUUUAUUGGCUGGCUCGACAUCGCCAAUUUAUUGUAUCUUAACGUAAAGACGAUCGACUUGGAGUAAUUGCAGUUUUCCUUUAAUGCGAUGCAACGACUUCAAUAUUGUAUUAUAAGAAGCAGUUUCGCGCUCGCUGCUAGCUAAUUUAUAGCUGAGAUAUUUAUAAUUUACAGAUUGUAUCUUUUGUACGUAGAUUUUAGAUGUACGCAACGACUGAUAAUACUUUGAUACACAUUAUAAUUAAUAUUUUUUAACGCCAAUCACGUUUAUUUAAAAGCAAUAUCCAGCACAUAUAUUUUUUUUGUUUCGUAUACACUUUAAACUGCCACUAAACAUUCGCAAAAUGCAUGGAAAAUGAGAACGAUAUUUUUCACUAUCGAGUCACAGAGUUCAAGGACGUACUUACGAAAAUGCCACAUGAAAUAUUUACAAAAAUAAUUUGAAAUUCAAAGAGAGGUCUGCUGCCGACGUUCGCAAAAGCACGCUAAAUUAUUCGUUACGCAUGGAGGCGUGAUAUUGACGAAGCACAGGACGUAGCAUUCAUACGUAGGCUUUUAGAGGUGUGUGUGUGUGUGUGUGUGUGUGUGUGUGUGUGUGUUUGCUCGCGCGCAGCGACGACUGAUAUACUUUGAUACAUCGUGCUUAAUUAUUUUCCGUUAAUAACUUUUAAAACCACACAACGGCCAUGGAAAACUUGCGAAGAGCAUGAAAAACGAGAGUGGUGCGUUUGCGAUAGAGUCGUUAAAGCUCGUAGAUACAGCGUUGGAAGCGUUGACGCGUGUACGAAAAUUGUUGAAUAAUCGCAACGCAAAAUUUUUUUACACGUACGCGGCCUCCUCGCACGAACGAAUCGCUUCAGCCGAAGAUACACGUGCGCGUACACGUGAAAGUGUAAUUAGGAUAAUUUAUGUAAAUAAAAAUCGCUCGUGCGAGCGAGCAAGCGAAUCGGCUGACAAAGUUUAACGAGAAAUUUCCAAUGCAAUUUUUCGCAAGUGCUGUACACUCGAGUGCAUUAUCAAGCACAAUCUCUUCGUAUCUAACCAUUUGUAUAGA